AGAGCUGCGGGGCAGUAAGUAAAGCAAGUCAGUUUUCAUAAUAACGAUAAGUUGUUUCCUUAUAAAGAAGUUUAUAAUUAUCAGCAACUCGAACGUUAGCAAAUUCCGGCACAUUACAAUGUUAUUCUAGAUUUUCACGCGACAGUGACCUUUUAAUCAAGACGUAAGGUCUGUGCCUAUGACAUGGCAUGCUGCUCGAGUACAAGAUGGACGUCUACACUGAAUGACAUUGGCAGUGAGCUUUAAGCACAAACCCUGAAACUGCUGACAUCGUGUUAUUACAGAGGCUCGCUCGAAGCAAAAAAUAAGCCACGAGUAGUUAUGCCAUACGAUGAAAGACUUCACUCCCGCUGAGCUAGGCGGCUGUGUUUCACAUUACACCAGAAGACCGGCACUAACGGCAGCCAACGGGGGAAAAGCAAAACGUGAUCUUACGUACAUAACAUGUACUUGUCCCGGACUCAUCAAGAUAUGGAGUUAGGAUGAAUGUAUAAUCGAGAUACAUGAGGAGUGAAGAGCCGGUAGCCGCCUGGUCAAUUGACCAUGGAUCAUAACAUUAAAAUUCUGAUCUUAUAUAUCUGUAUUCUAGUUCUUCAAAGUUCAUCAGCGUCUGCCAAAGAUGGCUCAAGAACAUCAAAGAGAAAAUCCAAAUCACAAAACGACAAAGAUAGCGGCAAAGACAACAAUGAGAAACGCCAACCCAACAUAAUCUUUAUACUAGUAGAUGAUCUGGGGUUUAAUGAUGUGGGUUACCAUGGAGAGGGGGGAUCCGCACUGACCACACCCACUAUUGAUCGUCUUGCUAUGGAAGGGGUCCGUCUCGAGAACUACUACGUCCAGCCAAGCUGUACUCCAACAAGAAGUCAACUCAUGACUGGGAGAUACCAGAUACAUACUGGCAUGCAACAUGACAACUUAGCUCCAAGUUCACCCCACUGCCUGCCCUUAAAGGAGAGGACACUGGCCCAAGCUUUGCAGUCAGCAGGGUACUCGACCCAUGCUGUAGGCAAAUGGCAUCUAGGCUACAGCUUUAAAGAGUGUCUACCGACAAGAAGAGGAUUCCAUUCAUACUUGGGUAUGGUCCUUGGGUAUAGCAAUCAUUUUGACUACACGAGAAAGUCUUCAACUGCCCUUUACUUCAAUGAAACACCCAUGAAACAUGUCAAGCGCUAUUCUACUUUGCUGUACACCGAACGAGCAGAAGAGAUCAUAAAGUAUCAUCAAGGAAAAUCAAAGCCACCGUUUUUCAUAUUCUUGUCAUACCAAAGUCAACACUCACCCCUUCAAGUUCCAAGUGAAUACAUCCAGCAGUAUUCAAACAGAAUACACAACUCCAAGAGACAAAAGUAUGCAGCGAUGUUGAGUGCCGUCGAUGAAGGAAUCAAUAACAUAACUCAGACUCUGGUUAGCGCUGGACUUUGGCAGAAUACUCUACUCAUUUUCUCCACUGACAACGGGGGUCGACCAAAGUCAGGCGGGAUUAAUUGGCCACUCCGUGGGGAAAAAUCCACCCUCUGGGAAGGAGGUGUUCGUGGUGUUGCCUUCGUCACUGGUCCCGUGCUACCAACCAAAGUACGAGGUUCAGUUAACAAAGGGCUGUGUCACGUGAGCGACUGGUUACCAACGUUGGUGAGAGGCGUGGCUAAGCACAGCACGAAAGACCAUCUCCCAUUGGAUGGAUUCAAUUUAUGGCGCAUGAUCAGCUUAGGUAAGCCAUCCCCUCGGAAGGAGCUUCUUCAUAACAUAGACCCCUUAGAGGGACCAACAUUCUGGACGUUUGCAGAUGAGAAAAUAUGGGGAAGAUUAUCCGACCUUCCCUUUAACGUGACGAUGAGGGCAGCAAUCAGAUACGGAGAUUGGAAACUUGUCACAGGGCAUGUUGGAAGUUCAAAAUGGAGUCCACCUCCAGAGUCCUUAGAAGAUAUUUCCCAAGUCGUCCAGAAAGACCGAAGACUUUCCUCAAUCCGACUCUUCAACAUCAAACAAGAUCCAACUGAGAAUCAUGACGUAGCAUCUCGUUACCAUGACAUCGUAAUGAGGCUUCUGCGCAGGCUUGCUGAGCACCAGUCAACAGCAGUCAAGCCUUUAGAUCAUUCUUUAACUCUCAAACACCCUAAAUGGAAUGCCACGAUGAAGAGCGCAGAUCGCUAUUGGUAUGAGCUCCCUAAUGCAAUAGUAAAAACUGUUGGUGCGUGGGUGCCGUGGAGGAAUACUACCUUAGAUUAUGGGGCUUAUACAAUUGGACCAGUUUCAUAUUAAUUUUGAUUAAACAAAAUAGUUUUACAGUUAGUUGCGAAGGAGCUACAUAAAAUCAUGUAUGUACGCAUAGGCCUACCGUUUGUUUUCCUAGCCAUACUAUACUCUUUUUACAAACCAAAAAGUAACUGUUAAACUCCGUAUUACACCCACUCCAAGAGAAAUAUUGACAGUUUUCAAAAUGUCUGCCAUUGUAGAAAUUGAACUACGUUGUGUAACUGUCUUGAUUUCUAAACCUAGGACAUUACGUUAAUAAAAGCCCUUUUCGAAUCCACGGCUUCGGCUUUGGAUUUCAGAGCAAUAUUUCAGAGCAACCGCGGGGCCAAGCUAGCCUGAGCCGAAUCUAGAACCAAAGCCGUGGUUUAGAAAAGGGCCAAAGUCUUGCAUGAUUUCCUUAAACACUUAAUGGUUAAAUGACUUUGGUACGAACACGUGUAAUUUGUAAUCGAAAGCUCACUUAUAAUACACAUGGUGUUGUAGUGUUAAGAUCCUGCCUACCCAUGUCAAUAUUAGAAAUAAACAAACGUUUAUCGACAAGCGACUCUUUAGCGAACGCCCCCACCAGGCAACUUGUGGAACUUUCAGUGGUGCCGUUUGAUGGUUGCCGUCAAUAAGGCGAGGGUUAGGUCCCCUGCUUUACCUCAGUAACCAAAAUGUUUGUGAUAUUUUAUCACCAAGUGCGCAUCGUUUUCAACUGAAGUUUCACAAAGCUGACCUUUAUUGUCUCUUUUCAACAUUAUUUGACAACAGUGAAAAAAACAAUGAAAAAAUAAACGGUUUAGUUUCACUCAA